AUGAAGGUGAUCACUAUUGAUGAAAAUGAAAGUGCCAUCAGUGUAUGCAGGAGGGUGCUAAGUGGCUCAGAAACUGAUGAAAGAUUUCAAAAACUGGAAACAGCUGUCGAUGGUACUGUAUGGACAAAAAUUGCCGAAGGUGGUACUCCAGGAAGGUCAUCAUCUAAUUGUGUUUUCAAGGGUGUGAAAGGGCCAACAAGCUAUGCAAAAAAAAUAUUAUUACAGUGCACAGAAGAAGAGGGCAGUCGAAUUUCGGAGUACGAUUGGACAACAUCGUUACCGGAAAUACGUGUAUUUAUUGGAAUUUUAUAUGCUCGUGGGGCCUAUGAGGCAAAAAAAUUGAAAUUGACUUAUUUAUGGUCAGCAAAGAAGACAUGGCAGAUCGAAGGUAAAGAAAAUAUACCGUGGAAUCCAGUUCCAAUCCAGUAG